UUUCUGUUCAUCUCUCUUUCGCGUUUAUGUUUGUCAAAACAAAAAUUAAAAAUCAAAAAAUAAUUUAAUUAUUGUAUAAUUAGCGUCUUAUCCAAGCAAAAUCCACAAAAUGCAAUGUAAAUAACUUCCCAAUGUGUUUCUGUGUAUGUGUGUCCCAAUAUUGUUGUGUGUAAAGUAAAGAAUUUGCCGUCUGAAAAAUCCUACCCCGUGCAAGAAAAAAUGGACAUAUCCAACUUUAAUACUCAAGACACUUCUGCUGGCCGCAGCUAAAGGCCACAAAACGUUAAAAUAUAUAUUCGUAAAGCAGCCAACGAACAAUAAUGCUGCAAUAUAAAAACGCGACUACAACCGUUGCCAAUGUGGUCAAUAACAAUAACAAUGGUCAAGCGGCCGCUGCCACACCCGCCGCCUCCACAAAGGUAGCCAACAGUGCGGGUGCAGUCACUGUCGCCAAUGCGCCUUCUGGCACGCCCGCACCACAAAUGCAACAGAUAAUAAAUAUACACCAGAUGCCGUCGCAAUUUAUGCAAGCAGCACAGCUGCAGCAGGCUGGUGGUGCAACCACUGUGUCUGGCCUGCCCCAAAACAUGUUCCAAAUCGUUCAACCAAUGGGCAUGCAAACAGUUAAUAUCGACGGCCAGGAGGCCAUCUUUAUACCCAAUCUGAAUGCACAGCUGGCCACAGCACAGGCAGUGAAUAUUAAUGGCCAGCAGGCGUUUAUAACGCCCAAUGGGCAGAUAGUACGGGCGCCGCAGGCGCUGCCAGCGCACGAUCCGACCCAGACACAACUGUUCACGAUACCCGGCACUAACAUACAAAUACCUUUGGCAAACAUUGUGCAGCAACAGCAGCCGCAACUGCAACAACAGCAGCAGCAACAACAACAACAGCAGCAGCAACAGCAGCACCAGGCUCAACAGUCCGCUACGCCCACACUUGCACUUCAAGCCCAGCAGCAGCAGCAGCAGCAACAACAACAACAGCAGCAACAACAACAUCAUAAUCAGACUACAGGUGGUGCGACUGCAACGGCCACACCACAAACCAUCACCAUUCCCGGCACCAACAUACAAAUACCCACCUCUGUUGCUGCCGCAAAUGGUCUGCUAGGCAACAUAACGAACCUGUUGGGUGGAGGUCCGACGACAAUCAAACUGGAGAAUGGUCAAUCGUUGCAAAAUAUUCAACUUCGCACUGCAGCGCCCGGAUCUGCACCACAAUUAAUACAAUUUCCACAGCCAGCGCCGGCGGCACCAACGCUGCAGCAAACCGUUGCUGUUCAGAUACCUGUGCAAACGGCAAAUGGUCAGACGAUCUACCAAACAGUUCAUGUUCCAGUGCAAGCGGCAGCAGCUCCAGCAACAGCAGCGACACAACCCUCACUGUCCAACCUAACGCAAUCCAUUCAAGCAUUGCCUGCCUCCAUGCAACAGGCGGCAGCGCAAAUGCAGCUCAUACCACAGUUUGCGCAAAUAGCGCAAAUUGUUACGCCCAAUGGACAAAUACAACAGGUACAGUUGGCACCGCUGAAUGCGCUCAACUAUUCGCAGUUGCCGCCGAAUGCGAAUAUUAUACACAUACAGAAUCCGCAGCAGCAUCAGCAGUUUGUUCAGCCCCAGGCUCAACUACAGCAGCAACAGCAACAGCAGCAGCAGCAACAGCAACAACAGGUACAACAGUUGCAACAGCAAACGCAACAGCAACAGGCGGCUGCAGCAGCAGUUGCUUUACAGCAGCAACAUCAACAACAACAGCAACAGUUGCUCAAUGCUAUCAAUGAGGCGGGAGGACAAUUGCCAGCGAACCAACCCAUAACCAUAACAAAUGCCCAGGGACAACAGUUGACAGUGAUACCAGCACAGCAGCUGCAACAAUUGCAACAAUUGCGUGCCAGCCAAGCCGCUGCUGCCAUGCAGCUGCAAUCGAGCAAUCUGCAAGCGUUGCCCAUACAGAAUAUACCCGGUCUGGGACAGGUGCAGAUCAUACAGGCGAAUCAAUUGCCAGCGAACCUGGCAGCCAAUUUCCAGCAGGUGCUAACGCAGCUGCCGAUGCCAAUGCAAACGACAACGGCAAUUGGCAAUCAGGCGCAGAGCGUGCAGAACACAAAUGCUGCAACCCCAGCCCUGGCCAUGCUGCCCAAGCAGGAACCGCAGAGUCCCACGCAGUUGAUUACAAACAUUAAACAGGAGCCACCUGACACAUGCAGCAUCACAUCCAUCUCUAAUGCCACGCCCACUACAGUACAGAUGCCGAUACAGCAGCAGCAACAACAACAGCAGCAGCAGCAGCAACAGAUUAAAUUCAUAAUGCCACAGUCACCACAGCAACAGCAGCAGCAGCAACAACAGCAGCAGCAGCAGCAACAGCAUACUGAUGGCAGCAAUAGCAACUGCCUGCCCGCCGUAACCAUACCAGCCUCCAUACAGAUAACUGCCUUGCCGCCACCAGCGACGUUAGCAACAAUGCGCAGCACACCAAAGCUGACCAUGUCCAGUAUUGGCAGCACCAGUACCAGCACACAGAUCACCAUGAGCUCAGCCGGUCAGGUGGUGGCAGUGACAACGCCAGCGCGCACCAAGCUAAUGAAGCAAUCACUGCAGUCUGCUGCGGCGGCGACCAGUGUCAACGUGAACAUCAAUGUGGGUGAGAGCAUGGCGCCGGAGAUCAAGCCAAGGCUGAAGCGCGUCGCCUGCACCUGUCCCAACUGCACCGAUGGUGAGAAGCAUUCGGAUCGCAAGCGUCAACACAUCUGCCACAUACCCGGCUGCAGCAAGGUGUACGGCAAGACGUCGCAUCUGCGCGCGCAUUUGCGCUGGCACACUGGCGAGCGUCCGUUUGUCUGCUCGUGGGUAUUUUGUGGUAAGCGCUUUACGCGCUCUGACGAACUGCAGCGACACCGGCGAACGCACACGGGCGAGAAGCGUUUCCAGUGCCGCGAAUGCAAUAAGAAGUUCAUGCGCAGCGAUCACCUGUCUAAGCACAUCAAGACGCACUUUAAGACGCGCUCGGGUGUCGACCUCAUUGAACUCAACAUUAAGCAGGAGCCGAAAAUGAAUGCACCUAAAAGUAUUAACACCAUGAGCGGUAUUGUGACUAUUGAGUUACCGACGAGCGGUGCACCGGCCAAUGGUAGUGGCGCCUCCAGCGUGGCCGCAACAGUUGCGGGCUCAACUGUAACGGCAGCGCCGGGCGGUGCUACAAUUGUCCAGCUACCCACAUUAAGCGGCGAGGACGUGGUUGGUGGCGCUUCCACUGAUAGCUUUGGCGAAGAUGACGAGAUGGAAGAUGAGGAACUAACCGAAGAGGAUGACGAGGAACUAACUGAGGAGGAAGAGGACGACGAAGAGGACAGUGGCGAUGAGGAAAAAAUGACCAUCUCUGUGAGCGAACUGGGUGAAAACUCAUCCAACUAGCAUUCGGAAUCGCUGUUCAUGGAACAGUUCAUCUUUGAUCACUUCCCAUAACCAUAGCAGGUCCCGGCAACGGGGCUGCUAAAUCUAUUGCAACCUGUACAGUUGAUACCCAGCAAUUACGACUAUUAGGCCUAAUUGUAUUUAUGUUAUGCGUUGAUGUAAAUCUUUGUACAUAAUUCAGUUAAGGAGUAAGUUAUCCUUCGGCAUGCCGAAGCCCACAAAUCCUUGCACUGCUCCUGAUAAUAAUUCAAGCAAUUACCUUUUGGGCUAUCCAUAAUUCACAAUAGAACCUGCAAACCAAUUUUGUAUAUAUCGUAAGGCAUGUAAAUAUACUUCAUUUAAAUCAAAAAUAUGUUCAUAUCAUAUGCAUUAAAAAAAGUAAUUAACAAUCUCUGUAGCC